UUAAUAUACGCAAAACUGUCCAAAAACACAAAAUUUGGUUAAAAAGUUGCAUGCAAUGAAGAAAUAUGAAAUGUGUGACUUUAAUUAAUUCAUAAUGUUGUGAAAAAUAUAAAAUUUUAAUAUAAACAAUAUUAAAUUUUCCCAGAAAGGUCAAUUUCCAAGUAAACGAAUUUCCGAGAAUCGGAAUUCGAUCUGCACUGUUGUACAUAGUAUUGUGUGUGCGUACAUACAUGCGCCAGAAGGACGCAGUGUAGAUCACAUACGUAGAGAAACAGAGGAGGGGAAGUGUGUGAUUGUGGUGCAAGUGCAAGAAGGUACUGCAUAGCGUGCAUAUUUCCGCGAAUUGGACAAAUCGCUGCCCCUGCAUUAAAACCGCAAAAAGGUGAAACAAUUUCGUUGCUUUCGGGCACUUCAUACAUAUAUUGGACAGUGGCAAAAUAUCGUACAGUAGUAUAUGCAACAUGAGUGAAUUAUUGCGAUACGUUAGCAUCGCAACCAUUGUGUUGUGUUUUGCAAACUUAGCGAACGCAUUCCAUGAGGAUGAUGUAGGUGAGACAAGACCAUCGCAUGUUGAUGUUAAUGUGGGCGGUAGUGCAAAUAUAUCGUGUCUCAUAAAUCCUAACCGAUUUGAUGAUCCUUGCAAAUUAACAUUCAUAAAUCAAAUUACCGACCAACACGUACCUGAUAAGGACAUAUUGGUAGUGAAUAGUAGCUACAUUGUUUAUAUGUUUCACAGUGAACGAGAGCAGUCGUUACGACUCCUUUGUAAAUGUGAUGGAGAUGCGAUCGCAGAGUCUACCAUUUACGUGGGUACCCCGCCGCGCGAUGUUAGUCAAUUCAAUUGUCGCAGUUUUGAUUUCGAAUAUAUGGUUUGUAACUUCACACAACCGGAGAAUGCAGUACUUACACAAUACAAUCUCACGUACUACAUAAAUUCACCUGAUUACGAAACGCCGGCCUACUGUAAUUUUGAUAUGAAACCAUUAGUGGUUUGUAACAUUACCGUAGAGCAUUCUUAUCGACCACAAGUUGAGGAAUAUCACUUUAAAGUUCACAGUAUUAAUUCUUUAGGCAGCUAUAAGCAAGAAUUUACCAUAAAUAACUUGAAUGUGAUGGUGCCAGCUCGACCAGGUCAAGAUUUUCAUAUUAUAAAAUUAACCACUGAUAGUAUGGAUGCAAUUUGGAGCAUGCCAAAAUAUGACUCAUACACACCUAACAAACACCGCGGCUUACAGUGGGAAGUACUCUUGCAGCCAGAUAGUUUCACAGUAAAAAAUAUCAGUUCACAAGUGCGGGUGAUGCGUGUUGAUCGCGGUUGUAAAUUGUCAUUAACGGAGCUGCCAUAUGCCCACUACUCUUAUGAGUUGCGAUUACGAGUUAAAGUGCGAACGGCCGUUGCCGGUGAGGAUAUGUGGAGUCAAACGUUUAAGUGUCGUUUCCGUACUAAACCUCGUAUGCCAGAUAGGCCACCACGCACCGAUAAUGGCGGUUUUUAUAUAAAUCCACUGGAAACCGAAGUACGGCUGUAUUGGGAGCAAUUAGAGAAAUGGGAGGAGAAUGGCGACAAUUUUACGUACAUAAUACGCGCUUUGGAAAAGCGCGACAAUGACCAAACGAGAGCACUGCUGCCACGACAACAAGAGGCAAAUUUUGCUAUUUUCGAAUGGCACAAUGAUUUGCACUAUACUUUCGAGAUAAGCAGUCGCAAUCAUAUGGGGGAAUCCUCUACAGCUAAUGUCAUUACCAUAUACCCACAGGCGAGCAGAUUAGCCAAGCACUAUACACCACACUCCAUACAUAAUGUCUAUCAUGAGACAAAUCGUUCCUAUACGCUAACCUGGUUGCCACCACAAGCGCAGGAAGGUCUACAAAAUUAUACGGUGUAUUGGUGUUAUUCAAAACUGGCCAUGCCAACAGAUUGCAGAGGUUCAAUACACUUCCGUCAAGUGAGCAGCAAAACGCAACGCUUUGCUACGGAACCACAAUCGGCCGAACAUGAUCACUCGUUAACGCUAGCUGUAUCCGCUAAUUAUAUUGAUUAUAAUACCGGCAUGCAUUGGACGUCUUGCAGUGUAGAUGUGAAUGCCGAUUUUGAACCAAUGGAACCUGAAAUCUUAUUCAUCUCCGCCACGGAAUUGCGCGUGCAGUGGAGCUCGAAGACAGUUUGCCCAUCAAUUUUAAGCGGCUACAAUCUAACCUAUUGCGAGGUGGCGAAUACACCAGAUACCGACAGCAUAACACCUGCUACUGUAGAGAGUGUUCUGUUUGAGCCAUUUAGCAGCGCCAAGACUGUGCCAGCUGAAAGGGCUGCUUGUGUUAGCGACCCGACUAUAAUAACAAUCGAUAAGAAUUGGAAUAAGUUUAAUAUAACAGGCUUAAAACCCUUUACGCUGUAUCGUUUGGAAAUGUUUAUGUUCUCCAACGUAAAGGCAGGCAAACCGAAUGACCAACUACUGGUGCGUACAUUCGAAGCGGCACCAUCGCCACCACGGCAAUUACAAGUGACCGAGCUAACAAAUAAAAGUGCAAAAAUCACUUGGCUGGCGCCUAGUGAAGCCAACGGUUAUAUACGUCAGUAUAUAGUCAAGCUAAACAAUAAGGAAUUUAUAGUUAAUGCCUCGCGCUUGGAUCACGCCGACAAGAUCAGUUUCGUUUUGGAGAAUCUCACCAGUUUUACCUCAUAUAAAGUGUUUGUUAUCGCGGUCACAAGGUACAAGUCCAAUCACAGCAAUGAUAUUCACUUCACAACAUAUAUGAGCGCCCCCUCUAAAAUGGCUUACUCCGAAACAAUAACACGUAACAAUAAAGUGCAGUUGAAGUGGUUGCGGCCCAGCCAGCCUGGCGGUCGCGUGGAUUACUAUGAGGUCGCCGUAACCGUGCUGCGCGGUGAUUAUGUCGAACGUCGUCGCAUAGCCGUUGUAUUCGGUAAUAGUUGCGUGCUGCGUGUGCCCGCCUGCCCCGAUCCGGACUAUCAAACCAAUGUAGAAGUGCGUGCGAUCAAUGCGGGCUUGAUCAAGAAUAACGAAGUGAAUCCGAAGGAUGUGAUUGCAUACCAAACCGAAUUCGAUCCCGAUGCAAAUAAUUACGAAUACAACGAUGAAUUUGCAUGUGUCGGUACUGACAAUGCAGCGGAUGUGGAACGGGAAAAGGCUGCACUGAUGCAAUAUCACAAAAAAGACAAUUAUUUGUUGUAUAAAUCGGACUGGUAUCAGCUGACAAGUUUUGGUUGUUCACAGAGACAGCUAGGAAAAAUUACCGUUAUCACCUUAAUGAUUGUCUGCACAUCGCUGAUGCUGAUGGCGCUCAUGUUCUUCGCAACGAAAAAAUGGAAAAUGAUGAGUGAUAUACAAUGCACGCUGCCCGCUGCGCUGGUGGACGCCUACCUCACGAAAGAGCGGAAUGGCGGUGGCGGCGACGGUUACAACAGAAACAUAGUCAACGGUAGUGGUAUUGGUGCCGUCAACGUUCAGCCGCUCGCCGACAGCAACGAACGAUUGCACAUCGAGGAGCAUCACCUGUUAAGCAGACAACAGAAUGACUUGGGUUACAUGAGUGGAGGUCUGCAUUUCGGACGUAGUAUUAGCGCGCUGGCGGAAACACAGACUUCAGAAAAUGAAAGUGGCGAGGAGGAUUUGGCCUAUCACAAGCGCGAUUACUUGAACUCUGAAAGUUCGGCUGACUCCCUGAUAGACAGCACAAGUAGUAGUGGUGGCGCUAACAGCGAACUGGGCGCACAGGAUGCAGUACCGUUACAGCGCAUAGCCGAGGAGCCUACUGGCUACGUGCAAGCUGCGCAAGUUCAAACCGGUGGUGUGCUUGGCGGUUACGUGAUGGCGGACAACUUGCAUGGAUGGAUGCAGCCAAAGGCGCCAUUACCAGCAGACACCACAGUAACUGCACAACCCAGCACGCACGGCUAUGUGCAAGCGAAUACGUUAAUUGCGGCAGCAACGGAAAAGAGCACUGCGACACCAAGCAACGAUUUCAGCGGUUACAUUAGCCCGACCGCGCUGCCACAGUGGCUAACGCAAAACUCACUAGCAACAACAGUAGCGGCACAGAGUGCAAAUGAAUCCGUCGGCCAUAGUGGCUACAUAAAGGCCACAGCUUUAAACACGCCCAGCGCUUGGGCGCAACCUCCACAAGUAGGCAGAAGCGGCAUUGAAGCAGGUUCGAAGAACGAUUAUAUAAAUGCAAGUGAUUUGCGCGCAGCACCUGCAAUGUGGACGGAGCAGAAACAGCAGCCGAAAGCCACAGCUGGCAAUAAUAACGGUUAUAUAACUGUUGAUAGUCUUGAGGCACAUAAGCCAAAGGCUAUGGGUGCAGCAACAACACUACCGCCAGCAAUCUCAGUUAACACCAACACAAGUGCCGAUGAUAAAGCACAAACGUCUGGAGCGGCUGCUGGCAGCCAAUCCAACAGCGCAUACGUGCAACCAAGCACUUUGCAAGCAUUACUCCUUAACACGCCGAGCGCCAGGGACUCGCACUCGCCGUUACACAAUGCCAAUAUAACGAAUUUCAGCGGUUACACAACAUUGGAUGCGCUGGGCAAACUAACGCCGACACAGGGCGCGCCUACAGCACACAGGCCAGAGCAAACUGAUACUAAACCGCGUCUCAUGGGCUAUGUGACACAACGUGAAAUGAAUGAAUUCGGUCAGCAGCAUAGGCAUUAGAAGGUUAACAAAUGCAGUCAAAUGCAUGUGCAGCAUAAAAUAUGUAAACAACAACAAAAUACUGUGUUUGUAGCUCUACGAAAUUCGAUUUUGUAUUUUGCUAUACAAAUAAUGCAGGUAAAAUAUAUAUAUAUACAUAUGCAGUGGCGUGUGUUGAACUCUAACCUUAAACGUUUGGGAGGGCAGCAAAAACAUUUUCUGGCAGUUGAAGUGACGCUGUAAUGCAUUUCAAUCCGAUUUGCUUACAGUUUUAUGAUUUAGUUCAUUUAAAAGUUCACUGUAACCUUUUUAAUGUUUUAUUUUUAAAUUAUUAAAGGCUAAAUGCUUACUCGAUAGUAUUAAUUUGACAUUAUGGUUAAAUA